GACGCGUUAUCGGACGGACCUUCCCUUCCCGGCCCGCCGCGAUGUCGGCCGUGCUGCUGCUGCUUCGGGGCUCACGGCGGCUGCUGCCCGCGGCCGGGACGGGGCGGGUCGCUCCGGGCUCCGCGCCGCGCCGCGACAAGAAGCGUUGGGUCCGCGCUUACCUGGAGAUGCAGCGGCUGCGGGAGGCGCCGCGCCGGCGCUCGGAGCGGCCCGGCUGGGAUUACCACGCCGAGAUCCAGGCGUUCGGACACCGCCUGCAGGAGAACUUCUCGUUGGAGCUCCUCAAAACCGCCUUCGUGAAUUCCUGUUACAUUAAAAGCGAGGAGGCGAAGCGCCGGGAUCUCGGCGUGGAUAAAGACGCCGUCGCCCUCAACCUCCGAGACAACGCGGAGCUGUCGGCCCGAGGGAUGGAGUUCGCCCGUUCGUACCUGACGCGGAGCUUCGAGGCCGCCCAUCCCCGCCUGCCCGCCCCGGGGGUGGCGGCUCUCGUGUCCUUCCUGACCGGGCAGCAGCUCGUGUCCUACGUGGCGCACAACCUGGCGCUGCACGACCUGGUGCUGUGCGAGGAGUUCCCUGCACCGCCGGCCGUGCUGCACAACACGUUCUUCGCGGUGGUGGGAGCUCUGCUGGGCAGCAGCGGGACUGAGAGAGCCGGGCUCUUCGUCAGGGAUUUUUUAAUUCCCCAACUGAUUGGAAAAGACCUGUUUGAGAUCUGGGAGGUUGUAAAUCCUAUGGGUUUGCUGGUGGAAGAGUUGGCCAAGAGAAAUAUCGCUGCUCCAGAACCAAGAAUUACCAGGCAGCUGGGGGUCAGCACGGUUCUGCCACUGUACUUCAUUGGGCUGUACUGUGAUAAGAAGCUCAUAGCUGAAGGGCCCGGGGAAACGCUGCUGGCUGCAGAGGAAGAAGCUGCUCGCGUGGCGCUGCGGAAGCUCUAUGGGUACACUGAGAACAGGAGGCCGUGGGAUUACUCGAAUCCUAAAGAAGGAUGGACAGCUGAAAAGGCCAUCAGCAGCAACUAGAUAACACAGACUGUUUCCAGUUUCUCUCAAGAAUGAACAGCUUCUAUGCUGAACUCAGACACCUUCAGGAGAGCAAAGUUCAGUUUGGUUUUCUGAUGUCAAGUUCCUGGAAUUUUCAAAUUAAAUAUGGUUAUAAGACAAAUGAAUUCUCUUUCUUAUAUAUAAUGUUUAAUGUCCAGGCAUUGUCCUCAACAGGGAAAGUUCCUUUAUCUUCCUGAAUGGAUGUAUUUUGGCCGAGAAGUGUAAUGACAGGAGAAGGUUCUUAAUGAUGUUUAAUAGCGUGUUCAGAAUCUAUAGAAAAAAGUGUCUUGUGUGCUUCCUUGGGACUGGUUCUGAGGUGCUGCUAAUAAGAUGAGUGGAACUUAA